GUGAGGAGGGCGGGGGAGGAUCCAGAGAUGCAUGAUUGGCGGCUGGUGGGCGGGGCUUAACAUGUGAGAGGCUAGACUGAGAGUUGCAGUGAAUCAGACCUCACCGGAGGCGAGACACACGGCAGACAGACAGACAGACGGACAGACAGGAAGAGAGGAGCUAAAAUGGUCUUAAACUGGAAUAUACAGCGACUGACAGCACACUGCAACCAUGGACUCUGAAUCUUUGGACCGGUGCAUCCAGUCGGCUCUGGCAGCCCUCUACCCACCCUUCCAAGCUACAUCCCCAACUGUUCUCUGUCAGGUCCUCAGCGUUGUGGAGCGCUAUUACAGAGGAGACGGCCUCCGCUACCUCCUCCACUUCCUGCUGCCGGCAAAGCAGUUCUUACACAACCUCCAGCAGGAUGCCUGUCUGCAGUACUGUGGUUUCCUGUUUCGUCAUGAAGGCUGGCCUUUGUGCAUCCACGAGAAGGUAGUCGUUCAGCUCAGUCAUCUGGACCCACACCACCUCCGUCCAGGAGACUUCUACCUGCUGGUUUCUCCUUCUGCAGCCCCACCCCCUCCUCGAGCACCCAGGGCCUCCUGCAGGGGCGGCGUCCCAUUGAAACCCCGCCUGCUCCUGUGCAGCGUGUCGGCCGGCAGCCAUCAUGUGGAGCAGCAGGAGGUGUGCGACGUAGCUCUGCAGUCUCUCUUUAGCAUGGCCUGGUUAGACUCCGUCAACAGGGAGAGGGAGCAGCGCGGUGCAUCCAGGUUGGAGCGCUGCCUCCUCUCCGCCCACGGAGACGUCUUUAGGGUCCCCUGGGAGGAUCUGGUCUACCCACAAUUCAUCAGUCGGCCCUGUGCUGCUCCGAAGGAGGACCAGGACUCGUCCAUUAAAGGCAAAGAUGUGUCAAUCAAGACAUCAUCUGACAACAACAGAGAAGCAACCUCUUCAAGGGAUGUGAAGCACCUCCCAUCUUCGCCUAAAACAGACCAAUCACCAGCAAACAGCGAGGGCGAGGACUCGGAGGGGGAGUAUGUGGAGCUGACGGAGCUCCCGCUUCCUCGCUUCUCCCCACAGAAAGGCUCCUUAACCCAGUCCAUCAGCCUGCAGCACCGAGCCAGGACAAGUACACAUACCACCACACACACACUGUCUGCUGCUACCGCACACACUCCUCAAACCACCAACAUACACUCAGCUGCUUCCACACUUACUGCCCACGCACACAACAACUCCCCGCAGCCCUGUGAGGAUGCAACCUGCAGGCUCAUGGAAGAGAGCGUCCACCAGGACCACCAUGAAGCUGUAGUCCUGACCCCCUUCUCCUCCUCUACCGCUCCUGAAGUCACAGGAACAUCCAUCUGUGAAUCUGAAGAAACAGAAGGUACUGACACAGGCACAAAUCUGAACACUGAACCUGAAACCUGCACAGAAAUGAGGGUGGAGGAGUGGGAGGAGGAGCGAAGUAACAAGGAGGAAGAGAGCGUGGUGAUGGAAAGGAAGGAGAAACCGGUCAUUUCAGCUGGUGAGGAAGGAGAGGAGGUGCAGGAGGAGGAAAAGUUUCCAAGUGAUGAGGAGGAAGCUGAAAGUGAAGAUACAGAGGGAGAUGGAGAAGAGGAGUUGAAUGAAGAUGGAGAAGAUGAGGUAGAAGAAGGCCCAGAGGAAGUAGAGGUCGAGGAGGAAAUUCAGGUUAUGAUUGUGCAACAAAGUAAAGAAAGAAAUGAGGAAGAGGAAAUAGUGACAGAAGAUACAAGAGGAGGAGAGACAGAAGAAGAAAAGGGAUGUGGAGAGGUUCACACAGAUAAAGACUCUUAUUUUGAAAGUAACGCAAAACAAAAGCAAUCUGAGGACUUUUAUUUAAAAAAUAACACACAACAAGCACACUCCAUCGACUCUGUAACAGAAACAGACUAUAAAGACUCUUAUUCUGAAAAUAGCACAAAACCGAAACACUGGGAGGGCUCUUAUUCUGAAAUCAAAACUACAGAACCACACUAUGAGGACUCUUAUUCUGAAAACAUAAAACCAGUAAAAACCUCAAAUUCUGAAAGUGAUGCACAGCAGUCACACUCCAGUAACUCUUGCUUUGAAAAUGGCAAAACACAAAUACAUUCUGAGGAAUAUUAUUCUGAAAGAAUAGCUACAGAAUCAUAUUGCAAGGACUGCUAUCCUGAAAAUAACAAACAACCACUACACACUGAGCACUCUUAUUCUGAAAACACAGCACCAGAAACGCACUCCUUGGACUCUUAUUCUGAAAACACAGCACCGGAAACGCACUCCUUGGACUCUUAUUCUGAAAACACAGCACCAGAAACGCACUCCUUGGACUCUUAUUCUGAAAACACAGCACCGGAAACGCACUCUGUGGACUAUUCGGAAAACAUAAAAAAGGUAGACUCAGAAACCUUAUAUCCUGAAAAUGCCACACAGCGUACACACGCCAUUGACUCUUAUUUUGAAAGUAACAAACCACAAAGUAAAUCUGAGCAUUCUUAUUUUGAAAGCAUAGCUACAGAGUCACGUUGCGAGGACUGUUAUCCUGCAAAUUACAAACCACCACACAUUCAGGACUCUUAUUCUGAAAACACAGUACUAGAAACGUACUCGGUGGACUCUCAUUCUGAAAACACUGUAAGAGAAGCACAUUACAAUGAUUCUUAUUCUGAAAAUAACACUAAACAGACAGACUCCAGUGACUUUAAUUCUGAAAAUAACAAGCAAGAGAUAGCAAGAGACUGUUAUUCUGAAAGCAACAUAAAAGAGACAGACACUGAGGGCUCUUAUUCUGAAAACACAGCACCAGAAACGCACUUCGCGGACUAUUAUUCUGAAAGUACAGCAAGAGAAUGCCACUCUGACUCAGAAAAUAAUAAACAGCAACAUACUGAGUGCUGUAAUUUUGAAAAAACAGCAACAGAACCAUAUUACAAGGGCUCUUAUUCUGAAAAACAGACACAGCACAUGUGCUCUGAAGAGCCCAGCACAGGACACAAGCAGAUCAAGGAUUUUUCUGAAAACAGCACACAUCAAACACACCACAGGGACUCUUAUUGUGAAAGCAACACACUGCAAACACAUCAAGGAACUUUUAAUUCUGAAAAAGAAACACAACCUCAGAGCUCUUCUGAAAAUAGUACAGAAGACUCUCACUUAGCAAGCACAUAUUCUGAAAGUGCACCUGACCCUGGGGACUCAUAUUCUGAAAACAAAGCACAUUGCGAUGACUUUUAUUCUGAAAGCAGUGCACUUCAGGGACCCACAGAAGAAUCGGAUCAAUCCAGUACUGGAGAGAAUAACGCAGAGGAGUGUAAAACACUGCACUGCGUCUCCACACCAGCAACACAUCAAAACUUACUUCUGACAGAAGCUGAGUCCAACAGUGGACAGGAAGUCCAAAAAGAGGAGGAGCGGUGGAGCUGUGAGGAGGCUGCUGGAGCUUCAGAGUGUCACACUGAAGGCCUCUGCAGUGAGCUGCGUCCUGCCCAGUCAGAGGUCGCUCUGGCUGCUGGUUCGAAUCCGACAGAACAACCAGCAGCUGUUCCAAGGGUAGUCCAGCCUGUCACCCAGUCCUCCCAGUCAAGACUGUACAGCAUGCUGUUGAGGUCUGGAGCUGUUUGUCUGCCUGGAACCAGAGACAAAGGUGAGCGAGCGCUGCUCACCGUCUCCACCACGAGCCCCGUGUGGUCCCACCUGGACUGUGACAGCGCUGAGCUGCCCUGCCUCCUCCUUUACUACACCUCCACCCUCAGGAAGGAGGUGCUAGCGUCGGGGCUGACGGUGUUGGUGGAUGCCCGUGGAGCUGCUCCCUCUCCCGCCCUGUACUCCGCCCUCAGGUCGCUGCAGGAGAACACACCAGGCUCCAUCCACGGUGUUUUGAUCCUUGCUAACAAGGACUCAUCUCUGCGUGUGGACAAACCUGCAGCUACACAGGUGGAGGUGCUGAGCUCUCUGAAGUCUGUUCAGAAACACGUGGAGCUCCGACAGCUUCCUGUGGAGUUUGGAGGAUCCUUCAGCUUCAGUCAGAGCAGCUGGGUCAGCUUCAGAUUGAGACUGGAGCAGCUGACCCGUCAGUGUGAGGACGUCAUCAGCCUGCUGCAGAAGAGCAUCAACGCGCUGCAAUCCACACCUUUACCAAACACUGCUGAGGAUGCCGAGCUGCUGCUGUCCCGCUACAGGUCAGUGAUGUGCAGCAUCCUCGCAGACAGCCGAUUGGUGCAGCUCCAGCAGGAGGGCGGUGCCUCGCUGUCGUGGCUGCGCAGAGAGGAGAGCAGCGUCGGCGUGGCGGUGGACCAGCGGGCGGCGGUGGAGUCGGUGUCGGCUCUGUACGAGCAGGUGGAUGAGCUGCUCCACCGCCUGGUGAUGCUGUCCAACUCCAAAACGCAGGAGCUGAACUUCAUCGUGGACUUCAGGAACCUGGAGCAAGGUUUCAGCGAGGUGAAGACGUGGCUGCAGGAGGUCGGUGAAGUUCGUCUGAAGAGUCUGGAAGAGCCGGCAGAUUCUCUGGUGCUUCUGAAUGAAAAACAGCAGGACUACAAGGACUUCUGCACAACGGCAUACGACCAGUGUAAACGAGGCAAGGAGCUGCUGUCUCGGCUGGAGCGCCGGGACGACGUGCCAUCCGCUGACCUCCACAUCUACGAGGACAAAGUUCACUCCUUCUGGGCUCAGCUGCAGGAUUUCACUCAACGGAUCAGCAGCACCGGGCAGAACAUUGAGCGGGCCGUCCGACUCUACAGCUUCUUAGAUCAGGCUUAUGGCUGGGCGCUGCAGGGUAUGCGUCACCUAGCUGGGUUCAGUAUGGAGGACUGCACACUGCCAGACAAAUGCCAAGCUGUGAUUGGCUGCCUGGAGGACUACCAGCGUCUGCACCCACCAAUCCCAGAUGCCUGUUUUCAGGAAAUGAAGGUGGCUGCGGGUGAGCUGCGGGGCGAGCGAGGCCUUCGUCAGUGGAGCUUCGCUUGGUCCAAGUGUCAAGAGACCAAGAAGAUGUUUGACAGGAAGAUGGAGGCAGCACUCAAGACGCGUGACUCCACCCACAGGCGCCGCUCUGACUCUGCCACCAGCAGGAGCUCCAUCUCCUCCAGGAAGUCUCUGUCAGGACUCUGGGGGGCCCGUGACACCUCCUCAUCCUCCUCCCGCCUGCCAGAGGAGAAAACAAAGGCCUCCUCACCUCCUCAUAAUGCCUCCUCGGUGCUUCCCAUGACCUCCACCCCUGCUGCCUCCGCCUCCCCUCCCACCCCGCAGCACACGCCGCUUCUCCGGCGACUUUUUCGCAGCUCCUCCUCAGAUGAGUCCUCAGACCGCGUGGAUAUCACUUCCUGCAGUCCCAGACUCCACCGCCUGGAUUCUUCUCCCUGCUUCACUCCAUCAUCGUCUUCCUUCUCCCUCUCUUCUUCCUCCUCUUCCUUCUCCUGCAGACGGCAGCAGCUCAGGAAGACUCAGAGUUUCGACUGCCCCGCCACCCCGGAGACGUCACGCUACGGCCCGUCUGCUCGUGCCCUCAGCGAGCCAGUGCGCAGAGGAAACACGGGCGUGUUCAUUCGUGGUCUGGAGGUCAGCAGCACUGAGGCAGCAGACCGCACGCUCUGCCCCAGGACGCCUUCUCACAGCUGGGCACGACAAGGGUCACAUAGCCCCGGGACACCCAGCACACCCACGGGAGAACCCCGACCCAGGGGCAGCAAGCUGCGUCACAUUGUGGAGGAGAUGGUGAACACGGAGCGCGAGUAUGUCCGCUCGCUGCGUUACAUCAUCCAUCACUACUUCCCCGAGAUGGACCGAGCAGACCUCCCGCAGGAUCUGAGGGGGAAACGCACCGUUGUCUUCGGCAACCUGGAGAAACUCCUCGACUUCCACAGCCAGUUUUUCCUGAAGGAGCUGGAGGCCUGCUCGAAGCAUCCGCUCAGAGUGCCGCACUGCUUCCUCAGACAUAAGGAGCAGUUUGGUCUGUACGCUCUCUACAGCAAGAACAAACCCAAGUCUGACGCUCUUCUGGCGAAUCACGGACACUCCUUCUUCAGAAGGAAGCAGCUGGAGCUGGGCGAUAAGAUGGACCUGUCCUCCUACCUGCUGAAGCCCGUUCAGAGGAUGAGCAAGUACGCGCUGCUGCUCACUGACCUCAUGAAGGAGGUGGGCGUGGCUCAAGAGGCGGAGCUUACUGCACUGCAGUCUGCCACCAAUAUGGUCAAAUUCCAGCUUCGUCACGGAAACGACCUGUUGGCCAUGGACGCCAUUCGAGACUGUGACGUGAACCUGAAGGAGCAGGGUCAGCUGAUCCGGCAGGACGAGUUCACUGUCUGGAGCGGGAGGAGGAAAUGUCAGCGUCGCAUCUUCCUGUUCGAGGAGCUCGUCCUCUUCAGUAAACCUAAGAAGAUGGAGGGAGGGCUGGACGUCUUCAUCUACAAACACUCCUUCAAGACGGCGGACGUUGGUCUGACGGAGUCGACGGGGGACAGCGGGCUGAGGUUUGAGAUCUGGUUCAGGAGGAGGACAUCCAAGAAUCAGACCUUCAUCCUUCAGGCGACAACGACGGACACAAAACACGCCUGGACAAACGACAUCGCCCGAAUCCUGUGGACCCAGGCCACGAGGAACAAAGAGAUGCGUUUGAAGGAGAUGGUGUCGAUGGGCGUGGGCAACAAACCGUUCCUGGACAUCCAGCCGAGCGACGCGGCCAUCAGCGACCGAGCCGUUCACUACAUGAUGAAGAGCAGAGGUGCCAGAACGCGGGCGUCCAUCGCCGUCUCCGUCUUCGACCAUUCGAAUCCUUUUAAAAGGGGAGCGUUGACCUCUGACCCCGCAGCAUUAGGCCCGUCUUCAACCAGCCUGCUGGGACCGCUCAAUCUGCACAUGUACAGUCAGAGCAUCCCCCCUCCUCCCACCGCUCAGAGCUCCUUCAGCGCUUCGUGCAUCGAGGAAGAUGAGCAGGAGCACGAGACCAGCAGCCAGCCCUCCAUGACCACUGAGAGUUCAGGUUCGUCGUCUCGCUGCCUCUCCGGCUCCACUGGCUCCGACAGCGGCUGCGUGUCCUCCCACCUCCAGGAAACGCUGCCCGAGGAGCCCUCCUCCUCUUCCUCCAGCAAACAGCACCUCAACAGCCAGUACAUUUCAGCUAAAGCAGCUGCAGUCAUCAGCCCGGCCACCAUCGUGUGAUCGGCUCGUCUGAACGACGUCCCUGUUCGUCUGCUUCCUGCUGCAGUUCUGAGUUUCCUCCUGUUUGACCCGGACGUUGGACUUUGAGCAGCAGCGUUCACCUGCGCCGCCCCUCAGCUGCUUUCAUUUGUGUUGUAAAUAAGGACGGUUUGAGUUCGUCUCCUCGCCGCCGCCACGUCCAUUUGUUGUGCUGAUCCAGGGUCAGUCUGCGGGCGGGCGGCGCGCUGUGAGGACGACAGGUUUGUGUCUGUACAUGUGUGUAAAUAAACCCUCAGCUGAGCGUUUGCUGUCACUUUUUACUUGAAUAAUAAACAGUUUGUUCACACGC